GAGAAGCGCGUGAUGCACGCGCCCCUCAUUGUUAAUUUUAUUUACUUCUUAGUUUUCUUUUCCUUAGCAGGAGACAAUGGAACGGCCAGGGCGACGUCGUUUGAGUCAUUCUUGAUAUCUUACUUUGUUCUCUAACGUUGGUUUCUCUCUCUCUUUCUCUCGCUGUGAUCAUCAAAAACCCAUGUUUCCAGAUUUAACAUGUUGGGAUUUGGUGAGGAAGAACUCACCACAGAGAGCAACGCAAUUCCAUGCCUGAUUUUCACUCAACUACUUGUUCUUCUUCUCCUCUUUCUACUUCUCUUUUUCUUUGUCGUCUUCCCUUUGGAUCCCGCCGACAACCUCAUCACCGCCGGCACUACUCCUCCGUCGACCUCUUCCAAUUUCUUCCUCUUCGAUGCUAUUCAGCAGAUUGAGUUACCGCAGCCUAUUCACGAUUCAUCGCCCUCUCAUUCAACAACCACUCCUCAACACCGUUUGCUGCAGGGUGGGGAGAAUGUAGUUAUAAAAGGAGAAAUAAAAAGGGGUGGAAGCAUGAGGGUGGAAGAAGAGAUUGUAGAGGAAGAGGAUUCAUCAUCAUCAUCAUCAUCAUCACUGUAUUUUCAGCCAUGCCAUUAUCUUCAGUUAGCCUCGGUAGCAUUUCUCAAAUGUUUCGGCCUGGAUUCUUCAUCUGAUACACCUUCAACAAGGAGUAGAAAAAGAAAACAGAGCUGAUUAUAGAAAUUAUGUAAUUCUUAUCAUUAUUAACAAUUUUCUCAAUCAAUUCUCUUGUUGCCCUGCAGAUUCUAUU